AGGAACAAAGACGAUGAGCGUUACCUCGACCUGAUCAGAGAGGCCAAUGACACCACCAAGCUCACCAUCUACGACGCCCGGCCCAACGUCAACGCCGUGGCCAAUAAAGCGACCGGAGGAGUAGAGGGCGACGAGUAUCAGAAUGCAGAGCUGAUCUUCCUGGACAUCCAGAACAUCCACGUGAUGAGAGAGUCCCUGAAGAAACUCAAAGAUAUCGUCUACCCCAACGUGGAGGAGUCCCACUGGCUGUCCAGUUUAGAGUCCACACACUGGCUCGAACACAUCAAGCUGGUCCUGUCAGGAGCCAUCCAGGUGGCCGAUAAGGUGUCAAGUGGAAACUCGGUGGUGGUUCACUGCAGCGACGGCUGGGACAGGACGGCUCAGCUCACCUCUCUGAGCAUGCUCAUGUUGGACAGUCACUACCGCACGCUGCGAGGGUUUCAGGUUCUGAUUGAGAAAGAGUGGAUCAGCUUUGGACACAAGUUCGCAUCAAGGAUAGGACACGGAGAUAAGAACCAUGCUGAUCAGGACAGAUCUCCCAUCUUUGUUCAGUUCAUCGACUGUGUGUGGCAGAUGACCAAACAGUUUCCCACAGCCUUUGAGUUCAAUGAGCGCCUCCUGCUGACCAUCCUGGAUCACCUGUACAGCUGUCGCUUUGGGACGUUUCUCUACAACUGUGAGAGCGCACGAGACCAGCACGAGCUGCGGUUGAAGACUGUGUCUCUCUGGUCUCUGGUCAACAGUAAGAUGGAGAAUUAUUUAAACCCAUUCUACACCCCUGAGUCCGGCAGAGUCCUGUACCCGGUGGCCAGCAUGCGCCACCUAGAGCUGUGGGUGACUUAUUACAUCCGCUGGAACCCCCGUAUGCGACAGCAGCAGCAGAGUCCCGUGGAGCAGCGCUACAAGGAGCUGUUGGCACUCAGAGACGAGUACUUGAAGAAGCUGGAGGAGUUGCAGCUCUCUGACUCGUCCCCCUCUCCACGCCAUGCCAACAGCCCCGGCCCCAACACCUCCCCCUCUCCUUCCUCCCCUCCUUCACAGCAGUACACACACCUACACACUCCCCUCUGAGGGCUGCUCACACACA